AUGAAGGCAGCCAAACCAGCUGUUUCUCGUCGAAAAGCUCGCACAGGCUGCCUGACUUGCAAAUCUCGACACGUCAAGUGUGACGAGCAGAAGCCGGCCUGCUUACGGUGCGUCGCCACCAAACGGAUCUGCGAGGGUUACAGCGCUGUGCCUCUGUCUAUCUCCUCGCAGAAUGCUCUGAGCGAUCAGGAACGCCGGGCAUUCGCUUUUUUCCAGUCCAGGACAGCUCCCAGGAUAUUAGGCCAACAGGAUGCAGACGACUGGGCCCCUGUCUUUUUCCAACUCGGCCAUAAUGAGGCCUCCGUGAAACAUGCCAUCACUGCUUUGGCCUCGCUGCACGAGAGCCUUGAACCUAACAUGGCAUGUCCAUUAGUGCGCAAUUUUCCGAGGUAUGCUAGUACCGCUUCACAAGUACUUGCGCUGAAGCAUUAUACGCAAGCGAUGAAGUCGCUACGUAUCGAAGCUCUGAACAUGGCCUCGAAACCAGAUCUGACCAUGAUUCUGUGCAUCCUUUUUAUCUGUUUCGAACAGCUACGCAGCGGUGAUGCUGCCAGUUUUCUGCACCUAACGGCGGGACUGAAGCUGAUUUACUGGUGGAGGUCGACGACUAAGAACUACACAAAGCUCAAAGAUUAUUCCCGGCCGACGCUCGAGUUGAUGAAUGAGAAGAUCACCCCUAUCUUACAACGCCUGAGAGUCCAGUUCGCUCUGUGCAUGGAUUCCCGUCAUACUGUGAGUUACGCCAGGAUGACACCCUGCCUACCUGCGCCUGCGAUCCCCUCCUCAUAUGCAUCCCUGGGCCUCGCACGAAAAGACUUUGACCGCGCCAUGAGCUACGCCUUUUCAAUCCUUGAAAGCGAUUCGAUGAUGGACUCCCAGCGACCUUGCGUCAGUCCGACCCUCAUCCUCCGGCAGUGGAAAGAUGCCCUGGACGCUUCCACCUUCGCCACCGAAUCCACAGUCCAGGUCUGUGUUCGCAGGCUCCUAGAGCUAUACUACCACGUCUCAGUCAUUAUAGCCGAUACCUACGGCACGGAGCGCGAAAUUGUUUUCGACCAGCACGUCCACAGAUUCCAGGCGAUCGUCGAACUGGCCGAAGCGAUCGUCGAGGCCUGGAAAACGGCAUCGCAGCAAUUCAGCCUGCUAUUCAGUUUCGACCUCGGUAUCACCCCGCCCAUGUUUCUCGUUGCAUCUCGCUGUCGUCAUCCUCAGAUCCGACGCAGAGCUGUCAGUCUGAUGCUUCAGUCCCCUUUCUACCACGGCGCCUGGCCCGACCAGUAUACGGGCCUUUGCGCGCAACGCAUCAUUGAAAUUGAAGAGGAGGGCCGAGUCAUGGAGCCGGCAGAUGACCCCACUGUUUACAUACCAGAGCAUCAACGCAUCCGGAAGCUGUCGGCCGACAUACAAGAGGAGAAUGGACGAAUCGUGAUGCAUUUCCUUCGACGCCCGCUUGACUCCGAGGCUGAGGUUAGGACUACAUACAUUGCGUUGGGUACAGGGUUUAUCGGCCAAAGGAAUUUGAUUCCAAGAUAGAGAGGGAAAUUUAUAUAAAAACAACAAAGAUUCUCAGAGAGCAAAAAGAACCAAGAAAUAACAAGACGAAAUCCAGACCUUUAUUGACGAGAGUAACAGGCCGACAUGUGAUUGGCUGGCACCCCGUGACCGGCAGAAUCGGGUUAGGACUAGCGCGGAGGAGCUGACCGCCAGCACCUGACCAACUGCCAAAACCUCCAUUUCUCGAACUUGUACGGCGAGCGCCUGGCAACAUCUGAAUCGACUGCCACGGUCGCACAAAAGGUGAUAAUCAAGAUUGGAAAACUGCAACAGGUAGCUAGUUGGUUUGUUUCGCAGAGAUGAGACUUUUACCAAAUUUGCACCCAAUUUGCGGAGGGAAAACGCGUAUUGGUUUUACAGCUCAUAUAAUUUCUGUUAUUUCCAGCUUUAACCACUGCCAAAAAGUCAUGUGAAAUCUGUGGUUUUUAGAGUUUUGGUCACAUGACCCGGGCCUUCUUGGAGCCUGAGGCAGCACUCCGACCGCCGACUGACAGGGACUGAUUUUGCAGUGUUUGUUCGGUGACAGCGGGGCCUGACUCACCCAUUGGGCCAUUAUGCAUCCAGCUCUCUGCAGGACUGGGGGAUCUUCUUUGUCUCGCAA